UGGUUUCAGAGGAGGAGAGAGUGAGAGCAGCAUUUGGAAACCCAGCUGAUCAGAGCUGUGGUAUUCUGCCACAGAGGCAGAAGAAGAAGGAAGCGUGACUGGAAAAAAGAAGAGAAGACAGAGCACACAGCUCAUAAUUUUGGGAUUUAACGACUGAGAAUACACACAUAGAUGAGUGGAAAAGGUAUGUCUCUUUCCUUUUAUGAGAAAAAGAGAACUCGUGUGAAGAGAGAGGCUCCUUGGAAAGAUGUGAGAGCUGUUGGCAGGGUGGAAAUCUGAGGAAAAUACGCACAGAAAAGGAUCUGUCAGGCUCUGGAAACCAAUCCAGCGAAUACUUGAACCAACAGAGAGUUGAAGAACCCCCUUGGAAAGAAGAAGAGGGAUGUCUUGGCUGUCACCCGUGUCAUGGGCCAAAUGGACGUGGACGGCCGUGCGAGGGGGAGAGGGAGAGGAGGAUGGUGAGGGGCAGGAGGCCAGCGAGGAGAGGGAGCAAUUUGAAGAGAGAGGAGAGGAAGAGGAGGAGGAGGAGAGAUCUCAAAGCUGCAGCUCUGAAUCAGACGGCAACUUUGACACUCCUGAAGCAGCAACUCCUGUCCGCGCCCCUCCGACCUUCCCAGAAGAGCUGGAGAACAACAACACUGAUGCAGACAGAACUGAUGUGGAUCAGGAGGAGGACCUGAUCGUGACUGCCCCUGUUUGGGAUCAGAAUAUUUUUCUCAGCCACAGUAUGGGUCAGGAAGAACCUGCCAUGCCCACAGGUGGCUCGCUGGAGGUGAACAUCAAGACCCUGGAAGCAGAGCAAACACAGAAUCUUUCAGAGGACUUUGGAUCCGUGCCAGACCCCACAGCAUCCUUGGUGAAGGAAACGUCUGAAUUAGCUGAAUGCACAGUGCCAAAGUCUGAGCCACACCAAUUAUCAUUCCCUGUCCUAGAUGCAGACCCUGUCCCAGAUGCGGCUCAAGCUCUUGCCCCUUCCCUUGCUCCCCCUGCUCCUUCCCCUUCUCCCCCUGCUCAAUCUCCUGCUCCUUCUCCCCCUGCUCAAUCUCCUGCUCCUUCUCCCCCUACUCAAUCUCCUGCUCCUGCUCCUUCUCCUACUCCCCCUACUCUCUCUCCUGCUCCUUCCCCUACUCCCCCUGCUCCAUCUCCUGCUCCAUCUCCUGCUCUUUCCUCGGCACCCCCUGCUUUUUCCUCUGCUCCUUCCCUUGCUACAGCUCCUGCCCCAGCUCAAAUAUCUGAGCCAGACUCAUUCCAGAUCAGUGAACCUGAAGCCUGCCCAGCUUCAGAGCAGAAUCCAGAAUCAGAGUGCAUUGAACUCAAACAGACAGAACCCACUAAAAAGACUAAAACCAGCAAGUCCAAGCCCCCAUCCCUGAAGCUUACGGCCUCCCAGGAUGAACCACCCCAAACAAAUGAGGAGCAAGAACUUCCUGUUGCCAAGGGCUCUUACAAAUUUGACCUCGACCAGCUGGAUGACAGUUUCAACCCCUUCACAAGCGGCAGAGCUAAAAUCCAGAACUCUCCCCCACCUUGUGGGCCAAACUCUCUCCCAAGACUUGAACCACUUGGUAGCUCAUUGCCUGUCUGUGAGGCCAACACAGCAGCUGCAGGUGAAUCAGAGACAGUGGAGUCAUUAGAAUCAAAGCCUGUGAUGCUGGAGUUCGGUCUGGACGAGGGGAUGGUCAGCAAGCCACCUCCGAAGAAAUUCGGUGGUAAAAAGACGAACAGCAAGCUGGCAGCAAAGAAGCAGAAGCCCAAAGGAUCUGUGGCUUCCUCCAAACCUGCACCAGAACCUACAGUGUCAGAGCCAGUUUCCCAACCAGCACCAGAACCAGUUUCCCAACCAGCACCUGAGCCAGUUUCCCAACCAGCACCAGAACCAGUUUCCCAUCCAGCACCAGAACCAGUUUCCCAUCCAGAACCAGAACCAGAACCAGAACCAGAACCAGAACCAGAACCAGAACCAGAACCAGUUUCAGAUCCUACUCCAAAGCCUGCUUUGCCAGUCUCAGACUCUACCACACCUCUGAAUCUUGAUGACAUCCCUAUUCCAAAAACUGGAAACUAUAACUUUGACCCCAAUCAGUGGGACGACCCAAACUUUAAUCCGUUUGGUAGCAACAGCAAGGUGAGCAGCUCUCCGGACCUCCCUAAGGGCUCGUACAGUUUUGAUCCAGACACUUUUGAUGACUCUGUGGAUCCUUUCAAAUCCUCAAAAACUCUGAGCAAGGAGGAAUCAUCUAGUAGUGCUGCUCAGCCGGAGAAAAAAGUGAAAGAAGGGGGCAAACAGACAGCAGGGGAGAAGAAAGUGAGGCAGAUUCCUAAAAAAAGCAAAGAAAGAACACCCAAGAAUACCUGCAAAGUUCAGAAGUAUGACGAGAGCCAGUCCCUGGUGCUGGACGUGUGCAAUCAGGAGGAGGAUGAGGUUGUGGUUCAGACCCCAGAGAUCACUAAGCGGGUUCAUCACGCCACAGAUGAAGAGAAGCUUGCCUCCACGGGUAUUAUGGGCCAGCAGCAGACAGUAGACAUCCAGGAUGAAAAAAGGGAACCUGAAUGCAACAAAGCACCUGUGAAAAAGCAACCAACGAUUGAGAAGUCUAUUGUGGAUGUCGCUGAAAUAAAGACUGCAGAUCACCUGGAGGAGAAAGAAAUCUGCAGUCUGAAAGAUGAGACAAGUGAGAAAUCCAUGUGCCAAAAAGCAAAGGUGGUGUUCAGCGAGGAAACAUGUACAGCAGCUCUGUCUCAGGACAACAUACCUCUGAGUGAGAUGGACAAGGCUGCAGUGCUUACCCUGAUCAGAGAGGAGAUCAUCACUAAAGAGAUUGAGGUCAACGAGUGGAAGAGGAAGUACGAGGAGAGCAGAGCAGAGGUUUUAGAGAUGAGGACAAUAGUUGCAGAGUAUGAGAAAACAGUUGCACAGAUGAUUGAGGAUGAGCAGCAGCAGAAGACCGUGUCCUGUAGUAAAUCAGUCAGGCAGUUGACCUUAGAGAGGGAUCAGGCCAUCGCUGAUCUUAACUCCGUGGAGCGCUCCUUCGCCGACCUUUUCAGGAGAUAUGAGAACAUGAAGGGAGUCCUUGAGGGUUUCAAGAAGAAUGAGGAGGUGCUGAAGAAGUGUGCACAGGACUACCUGAUGCGAAUCAAACAGGAGGAGCAAAGAUACCAAACCCUGAAGGUGCAUGCAGAGGAGAAACUGGACAAGGCUAAUGAAGACAUAGCACAGGUGCGUUCCAAGGCCAAUAGUGAGGGUGUCGCACUAAGCGCCAGCCUGAGGAAGGAGCAGAUGAAAGUGGAGUCCCUCGAGAGAGCUGUCCUUCAAAAGAAUCAAGAGAUCGAGGAACUCACCAAGAUCUGCGAUGAACUGAUUGCCAAGCUGGGAACAGAUUGAGGGGCCUUUAAUCAAAGUUUUAAAGCAACAUUGAUGUAAAUUUUGUACAUGAUCACACUCAACUUUCCUUUGAUUUUUUGUUAAUACAUUGUUUCACAGAAUGGCUGCAGUUGCUUUUUUUUGGAUCUCUUCUAACAUAAAUCUGAAACCAGAGUAAUAACCGAUCAAUAAGUUGAUCAGGUUUAAGCAGUUAAAAGAAGAACAAAGUUAUCAUGAGCUACCAUAAUAUACAGUUUGGAGUGUGGGGUUAAGGCAAAUUUGGGAAUCAUCAGAUUUGAAUGGUUGAUCCGCUUAUUUUUUUAAACUGUGCAUACAUUUAAACCGAAUUUGCAUUGCAGUUUUUACAACAUUUAGCACAAAAGUGUGGGAAGUGAUGCUGAAACUAAGAGAACGCAGAGCACAAACAUGAUAAACAAGGUGUGACUUCACAGAGAGUAACUUUUGAUGAUGUAUUCUUCAGGAAGGACAAAUUUGUCGAUUGAGUGCCUGAACUGUUUAUAUAGUUUGGGUUUUUGGCCUGCAAUUUUUGGGGAUGGAGACUUUUUAGUUCUGCUGAUGUCUUAUUUUAAGACAAUCUGGGUAAUGUCAAAGAAUUUUUCAUGAAUUGCCUUUAGUUUCUUUUUUUUUAAUUACAGGGUCACAUGUACAAUUUGUCAAAAAAGUCUUCAGGUCUGCAGAAUUUGGACAUUAUGUACAAUAUAAUCCCAAUGAUAAAAAGCACUUAAAUACAUCACAUUUUAACUUCUGUUCUAUAAUAUUUAACUCAUUGGAUGAUGAUUUGAUAGUACUGGAUGGAAACUAAAGUUUGUUUUAAAGCUGAAGUAGUACAAACUUUGCUCAUAUUAUGCUGUUUUAUUUAACCAGGUGCCAUGUUUGAUUUUCUCGCUCUGUAUUUGAGUGUAAAAAGUUGGACACAUAUUCUGUGGCUGUCAUGUAGAUAUAUAUUUGACUGUAUUCAUGUUUUAUCUGGGAGUCCAAAUGUUGCUGGUGUGCCUUUAUUUUGUCUAUUUUGUAAAAAAUGGUGGUUUUCAAACUCUGUUGCCAAAAUGUACUGUAAAACUUAUGCAUCUUUUAUGAUCAAAAUAUUCUGAACAACAGAGCGCUAUAAUGAAGUUGUGGUUUUAAUGGUUUAUCUGCAGCACGUUAUAUAUGCUCAGCCACAUUACUCUUUGAAGUUUUUGUGUCUUGGUAAGCAUGUAACAACAUCCUCUUGGCUAACUUUGUCCGUUUCUGAUCUGACUGAACCUGAAGGAGCACACAGGUGCAUUUUUAGACGGAAAUGCUUCAGAUAGAGAGAGCAGAUUCUUCUUUUGCAUCAGCACAAUCAAUUGCCAAAUGUCGUAAAAAAAAAGAAUGGUAUCAGUAUGUCCUGUUGUAGUGCUGUUACAUAAGUCUGAAGGUGUUUUUCAAUGCAAAUUCAUUGUCAGAGUACAAUAAAUGUAAAUUUUAUAUUUUAACACAAGAAUAUUUGUAAAAUCUAUGAUUUGAGUAUAACCGGAUUGUAUGUUAAUUGCGAUUUUUUGUGCAAUUCUGAAUAAAUGACAAUGAUUGGGUGUUAA